UGCCCUGGACUCGGUGGGUGGAGAGCGAGAGAGGGCGCAGACGAGAGGACAAGGGAAGACAAGGCAGCACGCCAGCACGGGAGAGGAGGGGAAGAGGCGCCGCGUCCGCGAAUUUGGGAUUUUUCUCUCUCUUGUUCGUGGCUGUGGCUGGAUAUGCUACCGCUGGGACCCGGGAGGCAGCGCGAAUCGGGCUCUCGUUCGGGCGUGGCGGCCGCCACCUGAGCAGGAGGAGGAUGUUUGACUGGAACCAAGACCAGCAGCAGGUAGGGGACGAACUAUGGGCUGAACUCAAUGAGAAUGAAGACCGUAUGAUGCCUUACCCCAAGGAUGUGAAGGAUAGUAUCUUAGCCUGUGCUCAAGACCAGAAGAAGAAUGAUGAAGCAGCAGCAAGUGUUGUGGGCCUUACUGAACAUACUUCUGGUGAUCAAACUGAAUAUCCAGGUCUGGAAAAGCAGCCUGCUACUGAGGCUACUGGACAUUAUUCAGCUACACGACUUGACAUGGAAUCCUGGCCCGACUUGCCUUCUUUGAACACUACACUUGAUAGAAACUACAGCGAUGAUAACAUAGCAUCGACAUAUUUGGAUUUCAGUUCUGCACCUAGUUUAGAGAAAGUCACAGCAAGCACAUCAGUGCAGCUGGAACCUGAAGUGUUUGGUAAUGACCAUGAAGAAAAGAGUAACAACUUUCUUGAUUGCGACUGGGGCAAUAUUGGAGACUUUGAUGAUUUUGACCGCUUAUUUAGUAACAGCGAAUCCUUAUUCGGUGAUGAGAUGAUCAGCAAUGGCAAUGAUUUUCUCUCCACGUCUUCAGAUGUGGUUGAUACUACUGUAGAAUCAAUCACCUUUCCACGUGUACCAGUGAAUAAGCAUCCAUCUUCUGAUUGUGGAUCUUCUUCUGUUCUGAUUAAUGAUACUCCUGAUGGAGUGAGUAAACAAGAAAACAAGGGAGAUGUGCAGAAAAAGCCAGUCAAAUCACGGAAAAAAACAGAAGAAAGAAGAAAAUGUAAAAUAUCCAGCAAUACAAGUGGCUCCUCCAAGAACCAAGGACAAAAUCCAUCAGACAGUUUGCAUUCAUUGUCCAAACUUCCCGUGCAGCCUGUUCAGAGUCCUCAACAUGUAUCGCUCCACUAUAACAAGAGCAUAGGGCAAUUUCAGCAUGCCAAUCAGUUUACCUUCCCUGGCUAUGGACAUCAUGCACAUCCAUUUCCUACAAUUCCUUUGGUGUCAAAUAUUCAGGUUGAAGGCCAUCAGACAAAGCCAGCUGCUCCAAGUGACCAAACUUCAGCAGAUUCCCCAAAGCACUCUAGUUCCACAGAAAAGCCACAAGAUAUGCCAUCAAGGCCACUGAUGAUGACACCCCAAGAAAAGAUUGAAAAGCUUAGGCGCCGGCAGCAACGGCAAGCACUCAUAGCUAUUCAACAGCAGCAGCAGCAAUUUGGCCAAGAGGGCGCUGGCAGCGACACCAUGGUACCUCAAUCCUACUCCCCAAAGAAAAAAAAUCCAGGUUCCUUAGGGAGUUCAAUUGUCACAGACGAAAAUGCAAAUAAGGUCCUCUCACCGGAGCAGAUUUCAACUGGACAUGAAGAGAUUCAGCAGAAUUCUGGAAUUCUUGAUGAUCCCUUCAUAGAGGAAAAAAUAUAUUAUGAGCUUAAAGAUGCUCUUGGGAAGUUGGAUGCCAGAACUAGGCUCUCCAUUCGUGACAGUUUGUUUCGUUUGGCUCGUAGUUCCUCAGAGAGACAAAUUGCUGGUGAGAAAAGUAGCAGUAACAAGACUAAAAGAGAUGAAAAUGAAAUUUCAGAAAACGACACAACCAGCAGGAGAAAAAGAUCUCUAGUGAAGGAGGCAGAAGCAGACACGAAUCCAAUUGAUCGAAUGGUGGCACAUUUGCUGUUUCAUAGACCAUGUUCAAAAAUUGCAACGUCUAGAAAGGAAGAAAUCAUAUCCGCGACGGCAUUGUCAAUAGAGCCUGAUACUGGUUACCUGCAGACACACCUGGGGUACCAUCAGAAGAUCAACAAAAUGCACACAGGCAAUAGCACCGCAGCCUUCAAUGUAAUGUAAGACGUGUUAAGAGAAGAUUUUACUCAAACGGAGUAAAAUAGGAACUCCUUGUUUUUAUUUUGACGAGUCUGUUUCCUCCUUGGUUGGUCUUUUUCCAUAGAUUACGUCCCUGGAGACCCACGAAUGUUUUUCUGGUCUUCCACUGUAUUAUGUAUAUAGCAAGUUAACCAUUUUAGGCUUUUUGCCCAUUGCAUUACAUCAUUCCAGCCAGAACUGUACGGACCGGAUUAAUCGUGAGACGGGACUGUAGCGAGUGUGUAACUUAAGAGUCCUCAUAGAAAGGCUCUGUACAUAUCUUCUUCCUUUUGCUUUUGUUCUCUUAAGGAAAUAUCGUGACUGUCCAAUGUUUAAUUUA